GUGGCAUGCACAGCAACGCGCCGCACUGUUACAAUCACUUUUACGUAACUGAAGUGCGGUGACUCCACUCCGCGUAUUGCGAUUGACCCUCAAUCAGAGAGAGAGAGAGCCCCUGUCAGACCGUGGCGCUCCGCAGUUUAGUCAGCUUUGAUCCGGACAGUAACCGGAGGGCUCGAUCUUCACCGUGCCAGCACUUCGUGUGCGCAGCCUCGAUCAGCACAAAGAUCAUUCAAGACGGGCGGUCAAGCAUUUCCACUACCUACAGAACAUCAAUGAACUCGCGGUUUUUUCGCAAGACUCCGAACAAUUUCGACAUUGCCCUUCUUGUUGGAUGUUCCGUCGCUGGGCUUCGGAGAUGAGAUGUUGAGGCCAGAAGCGGCUCGCCACAGCGGGACACACCGGCUCUGCGACUUCGGCGUUCAGGCGGAGGGGCGUUAGGGCGUGGCUGCCAUGGCGAAGAGCGCGGAGGUGAAGCUGGCUGUGUUCGGUCGAGCUGGGGUGGGCAAAUCCGCUCUGGUGGUGCGCUUCCUGACCAAGCGCUUCAUCUGGGAAUACGACCCCACCCUCGAGUCAACAUAUCGCCACCAAGCAAGUAUUGAUGAUGAGCUUGUCAGCAUGGAGAUCCUGGACACAGCUGGUCAGGAAGACAUGCUCCAGAGGGAGGGCCACAUCCGCUGGGGUGACGGCUUUGUGGUGGUCUACGACAUCACGGACCGGGGCAGCUUCGAGGACGUGGUGCCGCUGAAAAGCCUCCUGGAGGAGGCCAAGAAGCCCAAGAGCGCCACGCUGGUGCUGGUGGGCAACAAGGCGGACCUGGAGCACGCGCGGCAGGUGAGCACGGAGGAGGGCGAGCGCCUGGCGGCCGAGCUGUCCUGCGCCUUCUACGAGUGCUCGGCCUGCACGGGCGAGGGCUGCGUGAGCGAGCCCUUCCUGGAGCUGUGCCGCGAGGUGCGCCGCCGCCGCGCCGUCCAGGGCAAGGGCCGCCGCCGCAGCUCCACCACGCACGUCAAGCAGGCCAUCAACAAGAUGCUGACCAAGAUCAGCAGCUAGGGGGCGCCGUGCCCAACGCGAACGCUGCGGAGCACAAGCGAACUUAAAUCUCUAUGUAAAAAAAAAAAAAAAUGUAUUAAAAAAAAAAGUUACGUUCGUUCUGGGAAAAACAAGUGACAUUCUGGCCUUGGUCAUCCUCAGUUGGGGAGAGUCGACUAGAUUUUUGGGGGGGUGGGGGGGGCUGUCAUAAAAGUGACAUUUUUUGCCUUGGUCAUCCUCCGUUGGGGAGAGUUGACUGCAUUUUUUGUUUUGUUAUAUACAUAUAUACGACAAGUAGUGUAUAAAACCUAUAAAUAAUAUAGUCAGAAAAGAAGCUUGGCUUUACUUCGCUUAUGGGACGGCUCCACGGAUUCUCUUGGCACUCUGGAGAUCGCUGUAUACCCACGCUCACUGUCUGAUUCUGAAGGACCCUGGGAAAUGGAGUGUUCCCUCUGGAACGGUUUCAUGUCAAGGAUUGUCAGUGAACCGUUUUAAAGCAUGCCGAGUGCAUCCGGAGCCGGUUCCCCAGCGCUGGUCCUUGCCCUCGAGCGGCCCUCAGAGUGGCCCGUUUCAGACGUUGCUCCGAGCGGCGCCACGUACGGACCGGUGAAGCUUCCUGCUCUGUGAACGCUCUGUGAACUCCUCGCUUCUACCAGCUUAUUUCGGUUGGAUUCGCCCUGUGCCUACAGAGGUUCACAUUUUCCCCAAAUACCUGCCGUUACUCUUGAAAUAUUUGCCUUCUGGGAUUACUCAACGGAACAGACCCACGCCAUCAUUCACAGGCAGGAGCUUAAGCAGGUCUCGGAGUUCCCGCUGGCUGAUGAUAAGACUCGUAUACUCAAGAGCUCGGCCUUCAGAGCCUUCAGAUACCCUCAGUUUGGCACCAAGGGACGUGUGGAGGGACACAGCAUCCUGUUAAAAAAAAAAAAAUAUAUAUAUACAUAUGCACCGGCCUAUAUUGUAGAGCAUGAAUCUAAACGUCGAGCCGUUGCUAAGCAGAGGCUAACAGACUCGUGCUAAUUGUUGUGGCUUUGUAACCUGUCUCACAUGGCAGUGCUUUGGUUUGCUGUUGCACACAUCUCAACCCGCAGCCAUUUCAGCCCAUCAGAGAAAUCCGGCCUACGAAAAUAACUUCACCCCAAUCACCGCCAGACCCGCAAAACGAACACGGGGGCAGGCUGUUGCAUAAACUGGGGGUCUUACCUGCAUUUCAAAAUGAUUUUUCUUUUCAAAAAAAGAUUGACAUUUUUUUUUUUCUUCUUCUUCUUCUUCUUCUUUCCAUGGCUGUGCAUACGACGCUUACCUAAUAAAGUGCUGGGUAAUGGAGGACCCAAAGGGCCUUGUGGGCCAUCUGUAGUUUUUGUGGUCGAGCGGUCCCUGUUCCAGGUCGUUAUAUACUCGUUAUUCCUCCAAUUUAAACUCUGAAGUUUCCCGGAAAAUGUUCCCUGAAUUGUAAAGUCUGUUUGUUAUUGCCUCAGUCACUGAGUGGAAUGUUUUGUCCCCGUGUUUAUAGCCUCAUAGAGACGGAGAGAGUAAUUCCCUGUGUACAUGUAUUGUAAUCCAACGGUAAGUCUCCUGUUCCCGCUCUCUGGCAGUGUGUGAAAUACACGUGGAUAUUUUCUGCAGUGCAACUGUAAUUAAACAACAUAAACACAAAUACAAAUUAA